AUGCCGACUCUCGGAUUUUUGAAGAAGAUACGGUCCAAGGAGCAGAAAAACUCCCCUUCUUCCAGCCAGGUUACUAGUCCGAUAACCCCCACCUCAUCCAGAGGCUUCGACAAUACCAAACCGUCCAUCUCCUCCCAAUCUACGAACCCUCAAGCUGAAGGCACAUCUCAAUCCCCCGCCCCCAUCAAGGAAGAGAGUCCCGCCGUUGCGGGCGAGCCACGACUAAUGACGCAAGGGGUCGCCCACCAACAGCAGACCUACGCGGCGUCUCCUGGCAACACGGGUUCUGCAGAGCAGCAGAACCUACCCAGCAUCAAUAACCUCAUUCACCCUCCGCAACACGAUGGCGCGACCCAAUCACAUCCAGCACAGGAGGCAUCGAACACUCCAGCCGCUGCCAAUGCCGGGGCCAGUAAUCCUCAACACCAUACCCAACAUCAUACCGAACAUCAUACCCAACAGCAUACCGAACAGCAUACCCAACAUCAUGCCCAACAGCAUACCGAACAGCAUGCCCAACAUCAUGCCCAACAUCAUACCCAGCAAUUGCCGCAGGCACAGGCGGUGCAGCAGCAGCCGCAGAUAAGACAGACCAAGGGCAAAUACUCACUGGCGGACUUCGAACUACAGCGGACACUUGGCACUGGAAGUUUUGGAAGGGUGCACUUAGUCCAAUCGAAACACAACCAACGGUUCUAUGCUAUUAAGGUGCUGAAGAAGGCGCAGGUUGUGAAGAUGAAGCAGGUUGAACAUACUAAUGACGAGCGAAGGAUGCUACAAGAAGUCAAGCACCCCUUUCUUAUUACACUGUGGGGCACGUUCCAAGACUCGAAAAACUUAUACAUGGUGAUGGAUUUUGUAGAGGGAGGAGAACUAUUUUCUUUGUUACGAAAAUCACAGCGUUUCCCUAAUCCAGUAGCAAAGUUUUACGCUGCAGAAGUCACUUUAGCACUUGAAUAUCUUCACUCCAAGCAUAUCAUCUACCGAGACCUGAAGCCAGAAAACCUGCUUCUUGAUCGGCACGGCCAUCUCAAGAUCACGGAUUUCGGUUUCGCCAAGAAGGUCCCUGACAUCACUUGGACCCUUUGUGGAACCCCUGAUUAUCUGGCACCGGAAGUGGUUUCAAGCAAGGGGUAUAAUAAGUCCGUAGACUGGUGGUCAUUAGGCAUAUUAAUUUUCGAAAUGCUUUGCGGGUUUACACCUUUCUGGGACGGCGGUUCUCCAAUGAAGAUCUACGAGAACAUUCUUAAAGGCCGGGUCAAGUACCCGCCUUAUAUCCAUCCAGAUGCGCAAGACUUGCUUCAACGUCUGAUCACUGCCGACUUAACGAAACGGCUGGGCAACCUGCACGGAGGUUCAGAAGACGUCAAGAAUCAUCCCUGGUUUGCCGAAGUCACGUGGGAGAGAUUGGCCAAGAAGGAUAUUGAUGCACCAUACGUUCCACCUGUCAAGGCUGGUGUCGGUGAUGCAAGCCAAUUUGACAAGUAUCCUGAAGAGACAGAGCAAUAUGGACAGCAGGGCCAUGAUGAAUUUAGUAAAUUAUUCCUCGACUUCUAG